AUGCUUAAGGGGAGCUUGUUUAGAGGGACCCUAACAAUUUCAUUGUUUCUUUCUAACGGUCAAUUGAAACCACGUUCAAAAUGGCAUUCUCCGUCGAAGCCCAUACCAGCCAAGCCAGGCCCAAGAGCGAAUCAAACAGCAGCAACGCAACCCCACAAGAACAGUGCAACAUCAGCACCCCCAAGAGCAACCCCAAGAGCAACAACCACUCCGAUCGUAUUUGCGAGGAGAACUCCAACCAAUUCUACACCGAGAAAAACCGAAAAUCUCAGAGAUAUAAUAUUGACGAUCCAGGAGCCAGCACGAGUAGAGCAGCAGGAGCAAGUGGAGCACCGAACAUUACAGUCCCAGGAUCAGACGGCUGGCGCGACAAAUUAUUGGCCCAAUUGCUGUUGCUCUCAGAGGAGAACAAGGCUAACGGCGCCUACGACGGAUUCGCAUACGUCCACAACAAUCACCACAAUACCGAUUGUGAUAAACAGCCAUCCCAAUCCAAGAAUCCUGCUGAUCAGGGUGCCCACAAGCAGCAACAACAGAAGCAACAAGAAUCCAAGCGGGACAGAGCACAGGGCGCCUCGAACUCGCGUUAUCAGAAUACCCUUUUUACCAGGGUCGGUAUCAACUCGUCCGCCAGCCAACCAGGCUCCGCCUUCGACGAGCUCUUUAGUAAAUCCGAUAGAUUCGGUGACGCCAACCACUAUCUCAACUUACUCAAUGACUGGGACUGCAACAUCCCAGCCAGUAUCCCGAGUGGCAGCAGGUUUACCGACUACGGCAAUGGUGAACCAAACGGUCCCGGUUUCGAGCGCGCCUCCGACACAGACCCUGGCCUCCAUGGCCGGUCUCCAGCUGGCAGGUGCGGACGAGCCGCCAUCCCGCCAGGAUAUGAGUGGAGCAAUGCCUACUGCCACAGUUGAAGAGAUAGACGUUCCGGUGUUCAUUGAUGAAUACCUGCAAGAUAUAGAAGCAUCGUCAUCGACGUGCCCCAGCGAAAACGGAAAGGAGAUUUUUACUGAAACGGAUAUUCUUGACUUUGAUAUAAACAUGUUUGCCGGGGAUCAACUUGAACUUCUUGAGGAGAAGAAGAUGGAUCCCUUUAACUCGGCGAUGGACGAGAUGAACAACGACAACGUAUACGAUGACUCACAAAUAAUGGAGGACUUCCAGCAGCUGGCUGGCGAGGAGGAGACUCUGGAUAUGGCGGAAAUGUGCGGCGUUGACUUCAAUAACGUGGAGCUCGACCUCGCCAGCUUUCUCACCAGUUCCCAGGACCCCAUGCUAGGCACCUGCUUUUCCCAAUCCCAGCCCACCGCAUCCACAUCCACAUUCAGCCAGACCAAGUACAUCACGGAGGAGCCCCUGAUCUCCGAGGAGACCAGCUACUCUAGCAGCCACUAUGGCUGCAGCCAAGAGUCGCUCGGCUUCGGCCUGGAGGAGGACGUCAAGCCCAGUGGCAGCAGCAAUGCUAUUGCUUGCGGUGACGUCGCCGUGGCCAUCCCUGUACACAUCCCCAUCGGUGUUAAGCGCUCGGCCCCGGCGGUCGAGUCGGUUGCCCAAAAGCGCAGCCGGCUGGUACUCAAGAUCAGCCAAGAAUCCAGCCAAUCAGUGGCCAUCAACACCCCUGAAAUCAUCGAUCAACUUUUGAACCUUGAUUCGAUGGAGACCGCCAUCCCGAGCAACAAUACCAAUUCCACCUUCACCACCCUAACCAGCACCAGCAUCAGCCAUGAAAACAUCAUUGAGGAUCUGCGCAGCGCCGAAGAGGACACCACCACCGACUUCUCGGCGCCCAACACCCCGCACAGCAACUACUCAGCGGGCUCCAGCAGCGUGGCGCCCACCUGCCACUCCGGUUUCGGUGGGAUCCUCACUGCCCCAGCGUCACCUGCCUUCUCCGUAGCCAGCACCUCCCAGUUCAGCAUAUCAGCCACCGGCAACAGCGGCAAGCGGAAACGCGGCCGCCCUGCCAAGGAGCAUGCCGACGGACCCGAUCCGGAGCUGAUGUCGCGCAUGAGCAGCGAUGAGCUGAAGGCCUACCAGGACAGGAUCAAGAACAACGAGGCCAGCCGCAUCUCGCGCCGGAAGACGAAGAAGCGCGAGGAGGAGGAGAAGCAGGCGGAGGACGAGCUGUUGGCCGAGAAUCAGCAGCUGCUCGAAGACCGUGCCCGGGUAAUGAUGGCGGAACGCAAGUUCAAGAAGUACCUGAUGGAGCGCCAGCGAAAGAACAGCACCUACACAGUCAAGAAGGAGCAGCACUGAGAUUCUCACCAGCCAUGUAGCCAUAUAAGAUAGAUCAACUGUCGUUACACACCACUACUACCAAUUGUCGCAUAUUGCGGUGCAUAGCCUUAGUCUGAGGACACAUACCCCUCGUCAUCCAUUCGUUAGUCAUCUAAGUUGUCGUUGUAGAAGUCGAGAAGAAAAUCCAAUUUCCAUUACGUGGAGAUCAAUCCUGCGCGAUUGAUGUAAAAAAACACAAAAACAUUUUUAGCCACGUUCUAGGCAUAGAAAGAAGGGCGCCUUAUUGAGCGCGAGACGUUUAACUUUAAUUGUAUUUUUUAUUAUGUUUGAAAAACUUGAGAAAAUUUU